AUGAUGGUUUUGAUUGAAGUACCCCACAAUAAAAGUGGUACUUUGUCAAAGAAUAACCUGAGAUUGGUCGACAUCAAUAAAAUCGCAUUCACUCUGGGUACCAGUGUGUGUAAUGCUCUACCAGCAUUUCACGCCUUCACAGGUUGUGAUGACCACACAGCCUCAUUUGCCAGAAAAGCAGAGCUGACUCCUUUCAAACCACUAGAGAAGAGCAAAAAGUUCCAAGAAGCUUUCAGUAGAAUGGGAGGGAGUGAAACGCUGUCUCAUGAAACAAUUGAAGAAGAAUACGUUUGCGAAAUUUAUGGGAACCGAAAAUUAUCCAGCGUCAAUAAGGCUCGGUUCGAAAUUUUCUUGGAUUGCUACAAGCCAAAAUCGAAUCAAUCUCUGUUCGGGGGUAUCAAGAAUUUUGAGGCCAGUCGUAUCCCUCCUUGA